GAACGAAGAAGCGAAACGCUAGUCCGCGAAAUUGAUUCGAGUCGCUACGCGCCGAGUUCGUUGCAUUUUCCCCGCGACCUAUCCAACAUGAUAAUUACAGAGGAAUUAGAACACGCGAAGGAUAACACGAUCGUCUGGGACGAUUUGACAGUGGCCGUUCCACGGGAAAUCAGAAACGGUUUCUUGAACGUUGCGCUGAGGGCGAUUCGAGGGCGACGUUACGAAGAGGAUUUGGUCAUUUUGAAAGCAGCGGCGCUGGGAAAACGACACUUUUGGCCACCCUGGCUGGGAAAAUUGCAUCGGCAACCGGGACAGUGUCAAUAAACGGAGAAACAGUUUCACGAACGAUUAUGUCAAAAAUAUCCAGUUAUUUACCACAGUCCGACGCUUUACCAAGCUCUCUCACCGUAGACGAAUUCUUAUUGUUCUCGUGCGCGAUGAAGAUGGAUGUUAACAGAGCACAAAAGAAAUUCUUGUCAAUGAAAUUAUCGAUGGAACUGGGUCUGCUCGAUUGCAAAGACGUAUUGAUAUCCAGUUUGUCCGGUGGACAGAAGAAACGACUUUCCUUGGCCAGUGAGUUGAUUAGCAAGCCAAAGAUACUUUUCCUCGACGAACCGACCACAGGAAUGGACAUAUACAGUCUUUUUACCCACGUAUUAUUAUUAUCUGACGGACGAACAGGUUACUUUGGUACUCUGGAAGACGCAACAAGAUUUUUCUUGAGCCUAGGUUACGAAUGUCCAGUUGGCUUCGACGAGUCUGAGUACUACAUAAAACUCUUAUCUCGAAGAAAUCCGGAAACGUCCGCGACAAAUCUCAAUUGCGAGGACGCUAGACCCGGGGAACUUAUCGAUAAGAUAUGUCGAGCAUUCUCACGAUCCCCUUUCUCCCGAAGGAUCCCCGAAAUCACCGAUGCCAGAAAUCUCGAAAUCGAGCCCCAAGAAAGGAAACCUGGAUGCACGAUACAAUUUUCUUGGCUAACGUGGAGGAUAUGGACCCAAAAUCGGAGAACGAUGUUUCACGGAUGGAUUUCGUGGAUCUCUUAUUUCCUCUCCAUGGCGGCAGUGGCCACUUUUUACACGGGGAUUAAUCCACGCACGCAGGAGGGCGUGCAGAACGUGAGGGGCGCGUUGUACAUGAUGAGCUCUGAAGUCUCGUUCACGGUGGCCUAUUCCGUGAUCUACGAAUUCCCUGGCCAACUUCUGAUCUAUCUUCGCGAGGACGGCGUUUAUGGCAGCGGGCCCUACUACGUCGCCACGUUCUGCGGACUGAUACCGAAAGCUAUUCUGCAGGCAGUAAUGUUCACAACGGUGAUAUACUUCGUGGUAGUCACUCGAAUCGAUUUGUUCAAUUUUCUGUUUUACUGUUUAUUCACAUCGACGAGUGCGAUUUGCGCUAUAGCGUAUGGUUUAAUGUUCUCCAUCUGGAUCGAGGACAUUGAUUUCGUUUCAUCGAUCAUGGUACCCAUAGACAUGCUCUUCUUACUAACUGCCGGCAUGUUUUACAACCUCAGGUCGCUGCCCGCGUAUCUGACGUGUUUUAAAUAUUUCUCAAUAUUCUUUUACCUGAACGAAGCUCUUUCCAUAGUUUAUUGGUCACAAGUAGAUGCCAUCGACUGUCAAGCAUCCAGUGAUUUCCCCUGUCUACGAAACGGCGAGCAAGUACUCUCGGAAUAUGGAUUCAAGAAGGCGAAUCUUAUCUGGGAUUUCAGCGGCCUUCUAUUCUUAACAAUCGCGAUGAAUGUUCUUGGAUACAUUGGUCUACGAAGGAGAAGGAAAAUUAGAACGUUGUUGUAAAUAACAAUGAAAUAACAGUGAAAUAAUUUAUAACAAACGUAUGAUACAUAUCAAUCUGUUGAUAAACUUACGUUUAACUUGUAUAACUUACGUGUCUUACAAUUAUCUUACACUAUAUAAAUAUUUAUUAAUAACAGCGUUGACAUCGAUUAUUCGCGAAUUUGUUAAUUUAGCGAGAUCAAUUCGAGAGCGAGAUAUCCAAUUCAUCCUCUGGUCAAUUAUAAAUAUAAAAAAAAAAAAAAAA